AUGCCGAUUCGGCCUACCAAACACCAUCGUAACCGACAACGGCAAGCAAUUCGACUGUUCACGGUUUCGGCAUCUCUGCUCCUGAUUCAACAUCAGCAUUUUCUUUGCAUCCCCGGCACAUCCACAAUCCAACGGACAAGUGGAAGCCAUCAACAAAAUCAUCAAGAAAACGCUGAAGAACAAGCUGGGAGCCGCCAAGGGCAAUUGGCCUGCCAUGCUACCAGAGGCACUGCACAGCUCCGGAACGCGACCUACAAACAACGAACUGCUCAGUACUACGACUCGCGCAUAAAACACCGAUCGUUCAAAGUGGGCGACUGGGUUCUGCGUAAAGUGUCUCUAGCAACGAGAAAUCCUACUAAAGGCACUCUCGCCCCUCCUGGAAGGGACCUUAUGAAAUUGUCAGCAUCUGCCGACCCGACACCUACCGAUUGCGUUGCUCCGAUGGUCACACCCUUGGACACCCUUGGAAUGUUGAACAUUUGA